AUGGAUCUCCGCGCUCGAGUUCGUGAGUGUAGCUGAAUCCAACAACCGAUGCUCCUCGAGAAGCUCUGCGUCCCCCUCAGAAGCGGCCUCCUCCGCCCUUACCGCGCCUUCUCCCAGCCUCCCCAUCUAGCCCUCCACCUCCUCCUCUCCUCCCACACCCCAGACCUCCGCUCCCUCCGCCGCCACCAUGGCCUCCUCGUCGCCGCUGGCCACUCCGCCAACCCCUUCUUCGCCGCCAAGCUUAUCUCCCUCUACGCCGUCUUCCGCCGCCCCGACGCCGCCCUCCGAGUCUUCGCCGCGGCCGUCCCUUCCAACCCCCGCGAUACCUUCCUAUGGAACUCCGCCAUCAAGUCCCAUUUCUCUUGUGGAGACUUCCGCCUCGCCCUCUCCCUCUACAGCCAGAUGCUUUCUUCCGGCGCCCCCCCUAACGAGUUCACUGUCCCCAUGGCCGUCUCGGCCGCCUCUGAGCUCCUCGAUCUCGAUAUCGGCUCUUGCAUCCAUGGUAGCGCGACUAAGUUUGGCCUUUUGCCGGAAAAUUCGGUUGUCGUUGGGUCCUCUUUGGUUUACAUGUACUCCAAGUGCGGGGAGGUCGGUGGUGGCUUUCGGGUGUUUGAUGAAAUGACGAUGAGGGAUGUGGUUACUUGGACAGCACUAAUCGUUGGUUGCGUAAGGAACGGGGAGUCUGAGAUGGCUUUAGCGUGCCUUAAGGAGAUGCACCGGGUCGCUGAUCAUGGAGAUGAGCGGCUCAAUUCUCGAACAGUGGAAGCCGGUGUGCAAGCUUGCAGAAGCUUGGGGGCAUUGAGGGAAGGGAAGUGUCUCCAUGGUUUCAUUUUGAAAGCCGGAAUGGAGGAUUUUGAUUCUCUGAAAUCGUCACUUCUCUCAAUGUACUCAAAAUGUGAAUGCUUGAACGAGGCUGUUCUUGUGUUUCAAGCAUUGGCAGAGAGGGAUGUGGUCUCAUGGACCGCAAUGGUAGUGGUUCAUAUAAGAAAAGGCCACAUAAUUGAGGGCUUGGAGCUGCUUAGAAAAAUGCAAGAUUCAGGAGUCGAGACUGAUGGAGUACUUUGCAGUUGCAUAUUGGUAAGUUUUGGAGAUAUGGGUAGCGUUUGUGGAGGUAAGGGAUUUCAUGGCAUUAUGUUGAGAAGAAACUAUGAAUUGAGUCCAUCAGUUGUUAAUGCUUUGAUCUCUAUGUACUGCAAGUUUGAAAUGUUGCAUCUUGCAAGAAAGGUUUUCGAUAUAAUGGGCCAGCUAGAUGCGGAGUCAUGGAAUUCAAUGAUCUUUGGAUGUGGAAAAAUGGGGCUGGACAUUGAGUGCUUGGAUCUUUUUAGAGAAAUGCUGUUUCGAGGUUUUGAUUCUGAUCUCAACAGUUUAGUGACUGUGACCUCUUGUUGUUCUCGCUUGAUGGCAUUGUUCUUAGGCCGAUCUGUCCAUUGCCACACUAUAAAAGUUGCACUUGAUGGAGAUAUAUCUAUCUGUAAUACGCUUGUAGGAAUGUAUGGACAAUGUGGAAGGCUUCAUCUUGCCAGGAGAAUAUUUCAACAAACAAGUAAAGAUGUUAUCACGUGGAAUGCUUUAAUAGCAGCUUAUGCUCGUCUUGGAUAUUCAAAUGCUGCUUUGUCCCUUUUCUAUCAAAUGCUCUUGGGAAAUGUGAGGCCCGAUUCUACAACCUUGAUAACUAUGCUCUCAGUUUGUUCUCAUGUGGCGGCUAUCAACCUAGGAAAGUGGAUACACGAUUACGUGAAAGAAACGAUAUUAGAGGAUGAUGUCUCUCUUAGAACAGCAUUGGUUGAUAUGUAUGCUAAAUGUGGGCAGCUCGGGGUCUCAAGAGAAGUCUUUAAUUCUAUGCCUGAAAGAGAUAUUGUUUCUUGGAAUGUCAUGAUUUCAGGAUAUGGGAUCCAUGGCUAUGCAAGAGAAGCAAUUGAGGUGUUUAGAGAAAUGGAGAAGAUGGGUGUCAGGCCUAAUGAUGCCACAUUUCUUGCAAUUCUGUCUGCUUGCAGUCAUGCAGGAAUGGUAAAUGAGGGGAAAGAGCUCUUUGAUAAAAUGAAGAUCUAUUCUAUUUCUCCCACACUUAAGCACUAUGCUUGUAUGGUUGAUCUUCUAGGUAGAUCAGGUCAUCUAUCAGAGGCUGAAGCUAUGAUUCUUAAGAUGCCAGUCAAGCCAGAUGGUGGGAUCUGGGGAGCUCUGCUCGGUGCUUGUAAAAUUCAUGAUGAUGUAGCAAUGGGUGAGCGGGUUGCAAGGAAGGCUUUUGAAUCAGAACCCGAGAAUGAUGGUUACUAUAUUCUCAUGUCUAAUAUAUAUAGUCAUGCUGGUAGAUGGAAUGAGGUGGAGAUGUUGAGGAAGAUGAUGAAGCAUAGAGGGGUGACAAAACGAGUUGGUUGGAGUGCCACAUAAUAUGGCAGAAUGAUUUAUAUUUUCGUGAUGAUGAGUGUUCUAUUUCCUACCGUCAUGGAAUUCGAUGUUUCCAAGUCAAGUUGAUAAAUUUGGCUAUGAUCCAAAAAGAAGUAUGAUCCAUUACUUGACUGUGGUUACAGCAAGCUUGUGCGGUUUUGCUAAAUGGUUCCCAAAUCAAACCUUGACAAUUUUGUCUUGGUAAAGAAAUAGAGUUGGCCAAGAAGUUGACCAAUGGCAUGCUGCAACAGAACAAAGCAGUUUGUUCGAUCGAUUGAGAUAGAAGUGAGACAUAGACAAUAAAGGAGCAUUUACAAGUAUCAGCAUCAAGUAAUAUACUGCUUCAUCCCCUACUCAAUAGGCUUUGCAUGAUGUAUAACAUUUAACCUUUGAGCACAGUGCAUCGGACAUGUGAUUAUCAUAUGAGCGUCGGAGACCAUUUGAUAACAGUGCUUAUAUUGGGUUACCAAAUCAGAUUACCUGAAUCAUGAGGAAUAUCUGACAGUUUACAGGUGAGGAUUCUUGUCUCAUAUUUGCUGUCCUUUGUUCUUUUCGGCUUGGUACUGUUGGACUGCUCAGAGCUGAAAGUUGAAUUCGGAUAAGGUUGGUGUGCUGCUUGGAAGGUUUGGGUCAGUGGUGGUAGCUCCUGGAUGGACAGGAUGAUAUCGGGCUUGGCAACAAUGAGUUGUAUUCCUUGAUCUUGAGUCACAUUGCAUUCCAUAAUGAAUAUAGUAUUUAUUGCAUUUCUAUUCAAGUAUGGAUAUCCAGAGUGAAGGGAGAGAAGAAGAGGGAACCUGUAACAAAGAUGUUUGACCGGCGAUGCCGUUGUCAUUGCUUUGAUGCACAAGCAAUGGGACGAACAAGUGCAUAGUAAGCAAUCAGAAGAGAGAACUAGUAAGGUUAGAGCACCCAGUGAGUUUGACAAGAAGCACAGUCAGGAGCCUAGGACAGCAACAGGAGGUCUCUUUUUCAUUUAUCAAGUGGCUUAGUCCAGGAUCCUGAGACACACUGUCACCGGCUUCAUAAAUUAUUACAUGGCCUAUUUAGAAUCCUGCUCGACUACUUGGUUGUCAUAAUUUGAGAUCUCAUCCUGACAUGGUUGCUUUAUCUAAUAAUGUAAGUACACUUCUGUAUUUUCUUGUGAUAUAUUAGUUGAGGAUCUGAAAACCAUCACUGACAGCACAAUUUGGCUUCGGAUGGAUGCCUCAAAUACUCAAAGAAGCAUCAUUUAAUCAUAUAUAUAUAUAUCUGUAGAAAUUACAGCUAUGCAGCAUUUUUUUUAUUCAGAAUGAAAUGGGGACAGAUUCUUUGAUUGAA